AUGGCGAAUACACGCACUAGCAACAUGUCUUGUUUGAACUUGAUCUACCGACCAACAUCCACGCCUUCUCCAUCUUUAUCCGACAACGAAGAGAUUCGUGCUAUCGAGAGCAAGAGAUUUCAAAGCAACGAUAACAACCUUCUGGCAUUGUCUUUCUUGCCCAAGAUGGACGAGACAAGGCGUACUUCGUACUACAAUGAAGACGUUGCGUUUUCACAUGAGACUGUUGGUUUGUCGAAUACCGUGUUUGAUGCUAUUUCUUCUAGUCGUGUCGACGUCAUUCACCAGACGAAUGAUGAUCCAGUGAACGGCACACCUGCACACUGUUUCAAGCUAGACCGCUAUGAAGCGCUUACCGAGUUCCUAACGUACGCUAAACACGAGCAAGGCAAACAAGUAGCAGCGUCCAAUUUGAAUUGUCCACAGCAUGCAAACGUUUCGGCAACUCGAGUGAGGCAGACUCAGGAGCGUUGUCACAACGAUUCCAAUGCUUCACAGGUAUUUCGUGUGCAGCAACGUGUAGCAAGAGACAAGAAGCAGGAAGUGCCGGAGAAUGACUUUGACGAAAACUCAUGCAGUCCAUGUGAUGUCCAAGAGGAGGAUAAUGAGCGUGCCAUAUGCAGUGGCCACGCCGAAGUGGAUGGAUCCCAGUAUGACGAAUGCAGUUAUGAGGCUGAGCUGUGUGACAGAUUGGGACAAGUUGCGAUUGAUUUCGACGUUGACGAGGAUCGAGACGAUCGUAUCGUAUACAGAAAUGCUGAAGAAAUGGCUCAAGAGCUAUUGAACCAAGAUGAAGAUGAUGCUAGAAAUGAUGUGGAUGACUGGAAUACGAGGCUGCACGGUAAUGCUACGACGAUGGAGGAGCUGGAGGAGCGGGUGAAACAGGCAAAGCUGAGUACUUCGUCAACAUCAAGAACCCGUUUGCGUGUGCACCCGAUCUUGACGACGGGUCAUAGGACUGUCAAGGGUGUCUGCGUUCCCCAGCUUCCGCGCGGGAGGAGGGAUGAAAGAAAUAGUUGCAGUGGCUUGGACACCGCUAUGACAUCGAGAUGCAGCAACAGUCACGCAAAGACUGUAGAAAGAAGCUUGCGCCACAAGUUUCAAUUCUCGGAACAAGAGUUGCUACAGCUUUUGGAAGAUGAAGAGGCUAAUGGAGAUGCGACGACAUUCACUCCAGCAGUGCUUGACACUUACCCGAAAUUGAGUACAAACUCGACAAGUACAGAUGCAGUGCCACUACGACGAAAAUCAUUCUCGACGACCGGAAGCCCGACAAAGAGCAUUGGUGGAGUCGGUUUAUUGCAUGUUGCAUGUAUUGCCACACGUGAGGUGACGAGAGCAUUAGCUUUACCAAAGGUUACAAAGUCCACGGAGCAACUGUGGACAGGACGUCGUAAGUCCACAAGCGCAUGCCACAUCACUGCUUCUGGCAUGUCACCACGCAAUAGUCGGAAUAUUUCUGCUGCAAAGCAACAGAUUGUCGCGUUUAACAGUAAGAAGAGAAUAACGAGUAAGACGUUACCGGUGUCACCGUGGUCGCCAUCCGUAUCGUCACCACCUCCUCCUCACGUGUCGACGAUACAAGCACAAAUGGUACUACAUGUCCGUGAGAGUAUGCGUGAUGGUAUCCCAGAGCUUGUGAUUGAUAAACCGCCUGUUCCGAUUGCGACGUGGAACAAUGGAUGCAUGUACGAUCCUUUCAUGAAUAUGGCCAAGUACAUGAAGCUUGGACCAGCACAACACGGCAUGAUGCUGAAACAACUGCGCUACAUCAAGUUAAUGAUGCACGAAAUGCCAUGGGCUAAAGCACAUUUACGUGCACUUCUAUCCAAGUAUACAUCAAAGGAAAUAUCCAAAGAAGAACUGUACCCGCAGCUGAACAUCCUCGGUCAGCAAGUGCAGAGCGAUGUCAGUUCACGCGCUCGACAGCUUCGUGCACUUACAACCCAGAAGCAGCGACUCACGGUCACGUUAAAACUAGCAACGGGUGUUGUGAACAAUACAACGUUUCGAAAAUAUGGUCGCCGUGGUCAACCCCAUGUAUCACGUCUGCUGUACAACCCGAAAUUUCCACUUCAACUGCGCUGGAGACGCAAACACGGUGAAUGGAGUGCUGAGUAUCUUGCUCUCGAUGAAAUCCAAGUUGUUGAGGUAUCGGACAGCUUCAACUUGAUCAAAAGUCGUGUUGGUGGUUCAUUUAAUGGUCGUGGCAUCAAAAAGUCUGCAGCUACGCUCGAUCCAGACGUUUGUUUAUCUUUCGUGACAUUUUCUCGCUCACUUGAUCUACAGAUUGCCAAUUCAUUGCAACGGGAAUGGCUAGCAAACGCCGUACGUGAUCUUGUAUCGUUUGCACAGGAACAUAAAGCUACAAAAGCGAAUUAG